UCAAACAAACACGCUGAAACUUCACGUUGAACACUCAGAGUGAGUAUCUUGUUUAGGUUUUGAACAAUUUGUUUAAUUUCAAGCAUACGUUUUUUCACGCACCAAAUAGAAGGAUGGCAAAUGACGAGAGUGUGAUUAAGCGGCGCUUAUUAAUCGAUGGUGAUGGAACCGGUGAUGACCGUCGUUUGAAUGUGCUGCUAAAAAGUUUCAUCAAAUGGAGUAACACAAAAGACACCGCUGAAAAUACGCAAGCGGCUUAUGAUCGUAUGUUGGGCCAAUUGGCACAGUGUGAAUUCACUGUACGCAAAUCAGCAUUUUGCCGUAAAAUGAUGCAAGACGAACUGGAUAAUUAUAAGGAUAUAUCAAAGGCAAUUGAUGGUGGCAUUGAACAAGCCAAAGUUCAGAUUACACAAAGCAAAGAAAAUUUGGUGAUAGCGAAAAAGAUACGCAAAAAUCGCAUGGAAUAUGAUGUUUUGGCAAAGGUCAUUUCACAGCAACCGGAUCGCAAGGAAACCAUGGCCAAACUUGAAUCGCUGAAAAAAGAUUUGGAUAAUUUGAAGGACUCGCGAACGAAACUGGAUCAAAAAUUGGAAAACCGACGAAAUGAUUUUACGGUGCUGAUGCGAUCUAUUCAAGAAUUGCAGAAAAAGUUGGACGGUGAAGAUGUUACAGAGAUUGAUGAAGAGAGUGGUGACAGUAAGGAUGAUAUCGAAAUGAUGUCGGUUGAUGGUGAAAUUUUAGAUGAUUCCAAAUAGAACUGAAUAAUACUUUUUUGUCAAGACUUUGCACUAGGAAUAUAAGAAGAGAAAACAUUUGUAUUAAAGUAUAAGAUGAAUAAAAAAUGGCAUUUAUCAUAAGCUUUCUAAAUGACUCGAAUUGAA